ACCCAGAUAUCCGUUGUCUCGAAUUGCUGAAUUUCCGUGACUACGCGGGCGUUUCGAAUGCUGAGUGUGUAAUAGACUUGUUCCACUGGUCCGUUUCCUCCUUUUGUACACCCUUGAUUCAUCUGAUGUGACGAUUAGACUAAUUAUCACAUCAACUUACAUUUAUCGAACAACGUACUGAACGACUAUAUUUUAUUAUUUAUCAAAGAUAUGCUGGUCAUGUCAAGUCCCCAUCGCUUCGUAGUUUGAUGUGCCGACCCUGUGACGGCAGCACUAAAGCAGAACAUCAAAUGUAUGUGUUAUGUACACGCAAUCGCACGUAAGUUAUCGUCCCCAGAUGUGAGCCUUAUGAUUGACAGGAUCAAGAAACGUCAUAAAUGGAAGGGAAUAGUCUUCCAGAAAAUUUCCUCUGUGGGAAACUCGAAAAGUAUUUGCCUUUUGCCUUAAAUAUACUUUUUUUACAUUUUAAUUCCUGAAAAAGGAAUACAGGACUUUUUCAGAGUGUCUCAUCGAUGUUUAGCCGGAGAAAACGCGUCAGAAAUGGACGGAAUAAAAGUGAUGGCAGAAAGCCUGAUUACAAUUAAAGAGAUUAAAGAAGAACCUGAAGACUUUUUGGAAGAACCUCAACCCAUUGAAGUCCAUGUGCCAAGUUCCUUGAAGAGAGAAGUGAAGAAGGAAGAAGAUGAUGAGUCACAGGAGAUUCAUAAACAAAGCUCCUUGAGCAGAGAGAUCAAGGAAGAGGAUGAUGAGGAGCUGGAGCCUCCAGCCACAGUGUUUCUUGAGGUCAAACAAGAAUUGAGAGAAGAGAUUACAGAAGAAUAUGAGGACUCUUUUGCAACGCACAGGGAAGAUGUUUCCGAUGCUACUGAAGAAUGUGAGGAGUUGCCAGGUGAAGAAGCGAAAAAGAAGUGGAAAAACCUAAGAGACACGUUUGCCAAAUCCAUGAGAUCUACUCAAACGAAAACGGGACAAGCUGCGAAGAGUGGCAAGAAAUGGGUGUGGGCAGACCAGAUGCAAGCCUUUCUCCCUUACCUGGCAUUUGCAACAACCACGUCGAACGUUUCGGAAACUGACUCGGAGAAUGUUAAUUUAAACUCGCAUUCUACGGAGGAAAAUGCCUCACAAUCUGUAGAGAUUGUUGAUGAAGCAGCGGGCGCAGAAAAUGUUGUAGAAACGGAUAAUACAGAAAUUACAGCGAAAACUCGCUCGUCGGUUAUUUCUGCAGAUAUUCCUCCUCGGAUAUUACAACCAGUGUCAGAUAUUCCUAUCAGUGCCCCAGCUACGGAUGCAUCAAGGAGACAAAAACUCGGUAGAAAACGUCGAUCGGAAUCGCCAUCCUGUGUGUCAGAAAUUAUACAAUAUUUUGAAAGUAAACAGGAGACGGAGUGCGAUGCAACGGACUGUCUUUUUUUGGCUCAUGCAAAAACGGUGAAAACAUUUUCCAGGCAAAGGCAAGCCAUCAUAAAAAUGAAAAUUGCACAACUGAUCAUGGAACAAGAGCUUUUGCAUUUAGAGGAACUUGCGUCAACAAGUUCUACCCCUUCACAUGAAAAUAGUACACAAAGUUACUAUUCUAAUCCCAGCGCUGAAUCUUCAGAGGUUGAAUAACUUAUUUCGGGUUCGAACGUGCAUCUGACCCGACCGAAAACACAGGAAAAAAUACUUCAAAUUUUGUCCAGGUCUUACAUAAUUGAGAGUAAAUCUCACUUUUGAGCCAUUCCACGUCAAAUCGCACAAAAAAGAUCAAAAUAUGACCUUUAUAUUUUUGUCUGUAUAUUAUCUGGAUCAGAUAUGUUAACGUGUGUAUGUACAUAAUAAUCGCGCAACUUUUCUUGAAAUAUGACGUUGCAUCCCCCCUCUCUGGCACAAGAAACAGUUGAGGACAAAAGCUCGCAGCUAGCACUGAUAACAUUCCAAACACAUCUUCACUGACGCGAAAUAUAAACAAUUUUCUGGAGAAAACUGUCCGUGAUUUUCUCCAAAAUAUCUAAAGAAAUG